CCAAAUGCAAACAAGCAGGCCAACCACCCCAGUGUUGUAAUGUUUCAGCCUGAAAUCUGCUUGGAUAACCCAGCAGGGUCCUUUGUCCUUUUGGAAUAGGGCAAAUAGUGCAUGGCAGCAGGAAUCAGCCAGGGUCCCGGAGCACUGAGACAGAGAGAGCAGAGCCCAGGGGAGACAGAGGCUGAAGCUAGUUAAAAUCACUGUCUUGGCUUCCAGUUGGCUCCCAAUUCCUGGUGAAACUCCUAAAGGGAGACUGUUAAAUCAUGAAAUUAAUCACCAUCCUUUUCCUUUGCUCCAGGCUGCUACCAAGUUUAACUCAAGAGUCCUCUCAAGAAAUCGACUGCAACGACCAGGAUGUAUUUAAAGCUGUGGACACGGCUCUGAAGAAAUAUAACAGUGGAAACAAAAGUGGCAACCAGUUUGUACUGUACCGUGUAACCGAGGUCAGCAGAAUGGAUAAUCCUGACAUAUUUUAUUCCUUGAAGUACCAAAUCAAGGAGGGCGACUGUCCUUUUCAAAGCGACAAAACUUGGCAGGACUGUGACUACAAGGACUCUGCACAAGCUGCCACAGGAGAGUGCACAGCGACCGUGGCCAAGAGAGGGAAUAUGAAGUUCUCCGUGGCUACCCAGACCUGCCUGAUCACUCCAGCCGAGGGCCCCGUGGUGACAGCCCAGUAUGACUGCCUUGGCUGUGUGCAUCCCAUAUCUACCACGAGCCCCGACUUGGAGCCUGUUCUGAGACAUGCCAUCCAACAUUUUAACAACAACACCGAUCAUCCCCACCUCUUUGAUCUGAAAGAAGUAAAAAGAGCCCAAAGACAGGUGGUGGCUGGAUGGAACUAUGAAAUUACUUACUCAAUUGCACAAACUAAUUGUUCCAAGGAGAAAUUUCUAUUCUUAACUCCAGAUUGCAAGUCCCUUUCAAAUGGUGAUAUUGGUGAAUGUUCAGAUAAGGCAUAUGUGGAUCUCCAGCUAAGAAUUGCUUCCUUCUUGCAGAAAUGUGACCUUUAUCCAGGGGAGGAUUUUGUACAACCACCCACCAGGCUUUGUGUUGGCUGCCCCAAACCUAUACCUGUUGACAGCCCAGAACUGGAGGAGCCUCUGAACCAUUCCAUUGCAAAGCUUAAUGCAGAGAAUAAUGGAACCUUCUAUUUCAAGAUUGACACUGUGAAAAAAGCAACAGUACAGGUGGUAGCUGGCAAAAAGUAUUCUAUUGUGUUCAUAGCAAGGGAAACCACAUGUUCUAAGGGAAGUAAUGAAGAGCUGACCAAGAGUUGUGAGAUCAAUAAACAUGGUCUAAUUCUAAACUGUGAUGCUGAUGUUUAUGUGGUGCCUUGGGAGGAAAAAGUUUACCCUACUGUCAACUGUCAAUCACCUGGACGGACCUUACUCAUGAAAAGGCCUCCGGGUUUUUCACCUUUCCGAUCAGUACAAGUGAUGAAACCUGAAGAAAAAACAACUGUAAGUCUACCCCACUCUGCCAUGUCUCCUGUACAAGAUGAAGAGCAGGAUUCAGGAAAAGAACAAGGACCCACUCAUGGGCAUGGCUGGGACCAUGGAAACCAAAUAAAAUUACAUGGCCUUGGCCCUGGCCAUAAACAUGAGCAUGAGCAAGGUCAUGGGCGCCAUAGGGGUCAUGGUCUUGGCCAUGGACAUAAGCAUGGUCUUGGCCAUGGACAUAAGCAUGGUCAUGGCCAUGGAAAACAUAAAAACAAAGGAAAAAACCAUGGAAAGCAGUAUGAUUGGAGGACACACUAUUUGGCAAGUUCUUAUGAAGAUAGCACUACAUCCUCUGCACAGAUGCGAGAGAAGACAGAGGAGACAACACUCCCUUCCCCAGCCCAGCCAGUUGUAGCCGUUACCUUUCCUGGCUUUCAGGACUCAGAUCUCAUUGCAACUGUGAUGCCUAGUACACUACCACCUCCCACAGAGAGUGAUGAUGACUGGAUCCCUGACAUCCAGAUAGAGCCAAAUAGCCUUGCAUUUAAAUUGAUUUCGGAUUUUCCAGAAACAACCUCCCCCAAAUGUCCUGGUCGCCCCUGGAAGCCAGUUAAUGGAGUGAAUCCAACUGUGGAAAUGGAAGAGUCUCAUGAUUUUGAUCUCAUUGAUGCUCUUUCUUAAUUUAGGCAGCCAGGGUUAUUUCUUUAACAUCUCAUCAACCCCUGUCCCCAUUGUCCAAAGAUCCUCAUAUAAUACACUAAAACCCAUGAACAUUCAGAACAGCCUAGAGAGAAAUAAAUGGGGAGACUCCCCAUGGGAACAACAUCAAUCUCUAUGGAUGACAUAAAACUUUGUGCAGAAUUCUAACUCCUUUCUGAGCUCUCCUCCCAAGUUUUCUUAACUAGCACAGAAAAUGGACAAACUAAUAUACUGUGGCCUACUGCAGUUGCUUUUCUGAUAAUGAAUGUGUACCUUAAAAUGUGCAUCAUCAAUUUUCAUACAAAGAUUCUUGACAUUUUGAAUAAGCUGUAACAUCUGGCCAUAUGUGGCAAUAAGAGAAGUUAAGAGACUGAAUGCUGAACUUCUUAAUGGAGGAAAAAAAAAUAAUAAAAACCUCCAGAGGUCAAAGAGGAACAAGAGAGAAAGACAGAUUGGCCAAAGGGAGGACAGAGAAAAUAAAAUUGACUUUCUGUUUCCAAAAUGGGCUAGUAAUCUCAAACAGUUACUCCCAUGUGACAAAACUAUGCUGAUAAUUCUCUUUCUGGGUGAGAGUGUUUCUUGUAAGUCAGUAAUUUCUGUUUACUCAUUAACUAUGCUUUGCAAUAGGGCUUUCAAAUAGGAGUUUUCUGUUUGUAUGUUGCCAGCUUUAGAAUGAGUAACCCUUACUGUUCAAUAGCUCUGAGUUUAAUGAUAAGGAUGGAAGGCAGAAGUAAUACAAAGGCUGGCCUGCUUGAGGAAAUCUUUUUUUAAUAAUUGAUAAGGGAAUAUCAUGAGAUGUGAUGCAAAUUUUGUUCAGAGAUUUUAUGAGAAAUUCUUUCUAGCCUUUAUACUUGCAUUUUCUUUUGCUAUAACAUUGAAGUAUAUGGACUUUUGCAGGAAAGAAUAAUAUGAUUAUCUUUAAUUUACUGAUAAUGUGAGGGAGGCAUGUCUUUCACAACCCCUGCUGUGCUUUUGCCUAGGGAAAUAGGGCUUUGUACACCUACACUCACCUGCGGAUGCACGUCACUGUUUCUUCAAUUUAUUGGAUGCAUUUGAGCCACUGAGUUUUUAUUUCAUUCCAAAUAUUAUCUGUACUUGCAAAUAAAGUACCAAUGAUCUCAGGAAAA